UCUUUAUCUGAUAAGGGAAUGCAAUUCAAGUGCACAUGUAUUGGAUCCGAAAUAGGAACAUCAUGGGCAACGAUUUCAACAUUUUAAUAUGGCGGACAUGUUUAUGGACAGAUCCUUAUUGGCGACGCUUUACCUCUUAUGCUUAGGUGUUUCAACCGGAUUUAUUCUCAAUGGUGGUCAGAAAUGCACGUUCGAGCUAGACUGGUGCAGCUAUAGAAACGUGCCGGGAUACCCGAUUUCAUGGGCUCGAUACCAGAUGACCGAAAGUGACCACGUCGGCACUAGACCGGAUACGAACCAUUCUAUCCAUGUUUCCGAUUGGGUGUUGAAUCUUGAGAGUUCUGGACAUCCGGGCGACAUGGCAGCUCUAACCACAGGGACACAGUACUUCCCGUAUAAUCAGGUGUUCUCAGUUAACUUACAAUAUCGUACUGGCCAUAACCCCAUGUCCUUGACAGUCAACAUAACUGGAAGCAGCCGUGGCGAUUGGGCUCAUAGCUUCACUGAUACCGAUGAAAACUGGACAUCCAUUUGUCUUGACGCCAUAGUGAAAGGUCCCAUUGACGUAACUUUUAUCGGUGGGGUCGCUGGAAACGGAAGAAGCUACUUGGCGCUUGAUGACGUCACAAUAUCCUACGGGCGGUCUUGUAUCGGAUCGACGACAUUGGAAACCCCAAACAACGUGUCAUGCAGUUUUGAGACAGAAGACAGUUGCGGCUACACGAACUAUGACGGCGAAAACGACUUCGGAUUCUCCCGAAAACAAUCCUGGACAAUUUCAAACAAUACCGGAACGACUGUGGACCGCAAUGGAUUAGGAAGGUCGUAUAUGGCCGCUGUCGCACUGACCUCUCAAAUCGAGAAAGCGAAGCUUUACUCUCCGUCCUUCAGCUCGACGAAAAACCAACAGAGGGUUACGUUCUGGUACAACAUAAACGGAGAAGGCCCUCAGACCCUGAAGGUUUAUUUCACGGUUCAGUGGGUCCAAGGGAUUCCAUCUUUCAGGAAGACAAAAGACUCGCUGAUCCCUGCCUGGGAGAAGGGUUGCGUUGAUGUUACGGCUUCCUCCAACCUCGCCUCCGUUGUGUUCGAGGCCACAGUGGCCAGUGGCAUCGUAGCUGUGGACGAUGUCAGUCUUGAAGAUGGUGCAUGCGCAACUUUGACGUCAUAGAUGACGUUAUUGGCGAGAAGACCCAUAUGGGUCACCUGAGCAGUAUGACAAGGGAGAGUACACUUUCAACGAAACUAGACUUUGAAAUUCUCUAAUAGCAUUAUUCCAGUCACUUAAGUUUCUCAAAUUUAGUAUUCUAAGCAAAACCGAAACCGUUGAUUUGUACUUCUUUUAAUAAAAAUAAUAUGUACAAUUA